AUGUCCUUGUGGCGCAUUCUCGAUCGGCCAUUGCCUCGUCCCUGUCGCGGCCUCUUCUUCGUCCUCUGCGUCUUAGGCGAGUCCAAUCACAUCGCUUGGCUCUUCCUCGCCGUCGCCUUCACCGUCGCCCCAGCCGCCGUCGUAGUCCAAAACCGCGUCGUCCUUCUUUUCGUCGUCCUGGCGGCCGGCCUCGUCCACCGCGGCGCGUUUUCUCGUGACGGCCGCUAUGACGCUACACCCGCUCAACUUCGACUUCUUUCAAGGGUGCUUUUUUUUCCGCGUCCGCGUGAUUCCGUGCCGGUCUUUGGCAAUCUUGGCCCGCUUCGCGUGAACAGUCUUCUGUUCCAGCCCGCGCUGAUUGGGGUACCCCUCGCGGUCCCUCUUCAGGCGGCCACAUUUACGGCGCCAUCCAUAUAG